AUGCAAGUGACAGCCCAUGCAAAUCCACAAAUCCCCGUCGCCAUCUCUGGUCCCGAACUACCCGACCCAUGCCACGAGGUGGUGACAUCCGCCAUCAGCCACCAACUCAGGGGUAUCGCCUGCAAAGAGCAUGCGUUGAAGAGACUAGGCGAAUCACGCAAGGGUGUAACGAACGUAUGA